AUGAACGAGGAUGCCGCGUCUUCGGCGUCCAGCACCAACUUGCAGGAUCGCGAUGAGUGUAUUCGAUGGUCCUCUGCGCAAUCCGUCUAUCCAGGUCCCCACCGUAGUGUUCUAUGCACCACUGAAAAGUCCGUCGUCUUCCGAGUGCGCACACAAGAAAAAAAACAGUCAAGUGGUGGAGGGAAACGAGCGAGCGAUAGAAGCUCCACACAGACACUACGCUCAACGCAGCGUAAGAAAACGAGUGGCAUAGACGAUACUGAUAUUCAUGAGACACUAGCAGAGCUGUACGCAGAGGUGGAACGCAAAAAGAUGUGGCUAAACAGCGAGGAGAAGGCGUUCCAAUGUGGCCAACAACGUCUGAGUAGUUUACAGCGCGAGCAUGCGAUGCUAUUGCAUAAUUUAGAGCAAUGUAAGCGACGCCGGAAAGAGCGGCUUCGUAUCGAAAAGAUGGUACAAGGACCUCGAGCGGUGAGCGGACGCACUGACCGUAUGAGGAGCAGUGAUAGUGACAGCAACAGUGACUACUGUGACUAUGGCAGAUUGAAAGGUCAUCAUCGAUGCAGCAGUAGUCGUCGUCAUCAUCGCUCACAACAUGAUGGAGCCCGAAAAGAGCGAAAACGACUGCGACAAUUCCAGAGCGAGGUGUCGUUACGUUUUCAAUUGCUAGAGUCCGAAUGUCGAGGGUCCGACCUGAAAGUGGACAAGUUGGUGGCCGAUUUACGGCGAGAAUACGCUGAUUCAUGUCUUUUUGGCAACUCGUUAAACUUCUAG